AGUGAUUCAUAUGCACAGUUGGGCCCAUAAUCUAGAUGUUUAAAGCUAUUGCUAAAUGUAUAUAUGGAAUACAGCACACUAUUUAUUCAAAGCCAUAGUAAGAGUGUCUUAUAAGUCAAGUCUUCUUUGUAAACUCUCAUACAAAUCCAUUAAUUCUCCAACCCCACCUUACUACCCACAAGAUUCAAGCUUGGACCAUGUCCACAAAAGAUUGUGGCUAUAACCAACUCCUUCAAACAAGUAAAACUUGAUAUUAAACCCAAAAAUAGUCAAUGCCCACGUGAGAGGAGCAUAUAGAAACUAAGGAGUUUUAAUCAUUAUAUAUAUGGUAUACUGCAAAUAGAAAGGCAGAUACAGAAACCCCAUGGCCAAAUCAAGCAUGGAUAAGUCAUUCUCCCUUGUUCUUGUUUUCGCCUUCUUUGUUUUGUUACAUCACUCACUCUGUCUUGCUUCUUCCAAGUCUAACGAAGAAGCCGAAGUUCUUCUCAAAUGGAAAGCCAGUCUUCAAUUCAAAAAUCAGUCUAGACUAACUUCAUGGACUUAUUCUCCAAAUAAUGCCACUAGUUUGGAACCAUGCACUUGGCUUGGAAUUUCUUGUGAAGAUGGAAGUGUUUCCAGAAUCAGCCUCGCAUAUUCAGGUAUUGCUGGUACACUCCGCGAAUUUCCAUUCUCAUCCUUCCAUAAUCUUGCAUAUCUCAAUCUUAGCUCCAAUCAACUUCAUGGUCCCAUACCACCACAAAUGAGUCAUCUUACGAAGCUCAGUUCUCUUGACUUGUCAAAUAAUGGGUUAUCUGGAAAUAUCCCACCUGAAAUUGGCCUAUUAACUCAUCUUGAGGUUCGGCGGCUGGGAUACAAUCGCCUGAAUGGUUCAAUCGCCUAUGAAUUUCCAUUCUCAUCCCUCCGUAAUCUUACGUAUCUUUAUCUUAGCUCCAAUGAACUCCACGGUUCCUUACCAUCUCAAAUUAGUGAGCUUACCAACCUCAUUGAUCUUGACUUGUCAAAUAAUAAGUUAUCUGGAAAUAUCCCACCUGAAAUUGGCCUAUUAACUCAUCUCGAGUGUCUGGGACUCGGAUACAAUCGCCUGAACGGUUCAAUCACUCUAGAAAUAGGCAAGUUAAAGUCUCUCAAAGAGCUUUCUUUUAACAGCAACAACCUAGGGGGACCGAUUCCAACUUCUUUGGGAAACUUGAGUAACAUGACCAAUUUGGAUCUCUCUAACAAUUCGCUAAAUGGUUCUAUCCCUUCAAGUCCUGGAAAAUUGAAAAGCUUAGACCAUAUGCUCCUGAAUGACAACAGACUUUCUGGAUUCAUUCCUCCAGAAUUUGGAUCAAUCACUCACCUUAGCGUUCUGGACCUGUCCUCAAAUAAUUUCAGCAACUCAAUCCCAAAGGAGCUUGGAAACUUGAGUGGUCUACAAUACUUGAGUUUGAUGAAUAACCAGCUCAGCCAAGAAAUUCCUAUUACAUUGAUGAAUCUACAUGAGCUUUUUCUGCUAUAUUUGAGUAAUAACUUGCUCAUUGGUCAUAUACCACCAAGCAUUAGUGAUUUGAAAUACGAGUAUUUGAAUCUCUCCCAUAAUAGACUCUCCGGUGGCAUUCCAAGAGGCUUCAACAAUAUGCCUAGGCUGUCAAUUGUUGACCUAUCUUACAACAAUUUACAGGGUCGUAUACCAUACAGAAAAGUUUAUCAAUAUGAAGCAUUCCAAGGAAACAAAAGAUUGUGUGGAACACUUUUACUUGUAUUUGCAGUCACUGCAAUUUUCAUCAUCAUCAGAAGGAGAAAAAAAGAUCCUCAAGCUGAAGAGAGCAAUGCAUAUGAUAAAUGUUUGUCUUGGAUAUCAUCAGCCUUUGAUGGAAGAAUCAUGUACGAAGAUAUCAUUAAAGCAACAAAUGAUUUCAAUGCCACAUAUCGCAUUGGAAGAGGGGGAUUUGGAAUAGUCUACAAAGCACAAUUGCCUUCAGCUGGCAUUGUGGCCACAAAGAAAUUUCACUCACCAGCUGAUGGGGAGCAUGCAUUCCAAAAGGAGUUCUUGAAUGAGAUAAAGGCAUUAUUGGAGAUAAAGCAUCGAAACGUUGUGAAACUUCAUGGGUUUUGCUCAAAUGCCCGACACUCUUUUUUGGUCUAUGAGUAUCUUGAAGGGGGUAGCUUGGCCUCACAUCUAAGAAGAGAAGAAACAGCCAAAGAAUUAGAUUGGAGUAAAAGAUUGAAUAUUGUUAAAGGUGUGGCCCGAGCCCUCUGUUACUUGCACCAUGAUUGCUUACCACCGAUUGUCCACCGAGACAUAUCGAGCAGCAAUGUUUUACUGGAUUCUAAGUUCGAGGCUCAUGUAUCAGACUUUGGCACUGCUAAGCUUCUAAAGACCGAUUCCUCAAAUUGGUCUAAAAUUGCAGGCACCUAUGGUUAUAUUGCACCAGUGGAAGUGAUCAAAGGAGAGCAUCCAGGUGACAUCAUUGAGUCUCUAUUGUCUACUCGGGCAGAGCAGAAUAUGGUAGUGAAAGAUGUUUUGGACCAUCGCCUUCCACCUCCGUCGCUCGCAGUUAAGUAUGAAAUCAAAUAUUCAAGUGAAAACAUCAAACUCACUUCGACAUACGCCUUGUCUGCACAAUCAAGUCCUCUGGUGAUGGCUUCACUGAAGUCAAUACUUGAUCAAGCAUUGAUCAAGUCAAUGCUUGCUACUGUUAGCAACCCAGAAGAUGCUUUAAUUAUCCAAUUACUUCAAGUCUCUGCUGGAGGCUUUUCUUGGAAUACCAACUUCAUUCGUGAGGAACAAGAUUGGGAAGUGGUGACUUUCACAAACAUCUGGAGCCUUGUCUAUAGUGCAAAGAUCAAUCUUUGUUGGAAGAUAUUGGCUGCUUUCCCAACUCCAACUCCAACUCCAAGUCCAACCCAUCACAGGGCUUUCAGUGCAUUUCAAGACCUUCCAAGGCUCACCGUUUUAAAACACGUCUAA